AUAAUUGAUUGAAUCACUAGCUUCGUUGCCGCUGGAUACUCUUGCAGACUCGAACAGAACAGUACAGAGUAAAUUUUAAAGAUGGGACUAAGUUUACAGAUUUAUUUCUUGUUUGGUAUGGUGUGCAAAGUAGCGAUAGGAGACGAGCAACAUUGCUCAAAAUAUCACUACGAGGCUCAAACCCUGGAAAGAAUUAUCAGGGCCGAGAUCAGUCUGGAAACAGUGAAAAAUGACAUUCAACAUAUAAAGGAAGGAAUGGAAAAGGUCAAGAUGAAAACUGUCGAACAUAAAUCAGAACUUGAAGAAAAACUGGAACUAAUGCAGCAUACCAUUGAGAACGUCAUGAUCAACAUCACGAAGACAAAUGACAAGGAAGGGCUUACAACUGAAAGUUCGAUGAGGCAGUUUUGUACCACAAACACAACGUGUAGUGAUGUUGAGGAUUCAGAAUGUAAAUGGAUGAUGUGUAAAUGCAAGCCUGGACUGAGCUACCACCACGGCACGAGAAAAUGUCUUUCAGACUGCGGCGAUUAUGGAUAUGGUAACACGUACCAAGUUGAGAUUGAUGCAUUAUUAUACGGAUUUGCUACCAAAACAUUUAACUCCAUUUCAUUAAAAGAUUGUAUACAAAAAUGCACAACCGAAGGAAGCAUCAUUUGUAGAUCUGCCGAGUACAACAAAAACUCGCAAAUAUGUUAUUUAUCCUGGGAAACGCUCCACACGAACCCUUCAGACCACAGGAAAGACCGACGGGAAUAUGUUAUUUAUACCAGGGACUGCAAUUCACACUAAAGAUAAUUUGGAAUGUCAUAACUGUCUUCUUAGUUCUCUGUUUAUUAGUUAAAUGUGUACCUGACAUUGAAAAUUUUGAAAUAUACGCGCGCACGCACGCACGCACAAGUGCCAAUACAAUUUGAAAAAUAACCAUGUUGCUAAUCAAAGUUCAAAGUGCUUUAAAAUCAAAAUUUGGAAUCAUAUAAUUUUAAUCAUUUUGCAGUGUUUACCCAUUUGAAGUCGUUUAACCGACCAAACAAAUCAAACAAACACUUGUAUAUACUAAUGCUAUACUGUUUAGUAUACUUUUACAGUAAACAAUUAGUAUAGCAAUGUAUUUUAUACUACGAGUAUUUGCCCAUCAGUAGUAUACUAUCUUGUGAACUAUGGUGUGUAUACCAUUAGAAUAUACCAUUAUACUUUGCAAAAUGUUGUGUAUAACAUUAUACAUUUAACAUUGCAAGAAUUCCAUACUUAUUGUAUUGAUCAUAAACUUUAUACGUAUGUACAUUUGGUAUGUCGUAGCACUUAGACAAUCCUGAGCUGUACACAUGUGUACCUAGAUAACUUGUGUGUCAACAGAGAAACUAUCUGUUUCCGUAAAAUUAUAAUUUGUGUUGGUAAUAUCUCCUUUACUCAGUUUUAGCUCCUCUGGAUCAAGUAACAUUAAGAGUGUGUGUUCCCAACCAAUUACAUGCUCUUAGGAGUUAUUUUUGCUUGCUUUGCCCUUCAACGCCGUUGCUUGAGAUAUGGAAGAAAGCAUGGCAGUAUGUACAGAAAUUAAUAAACAAUUAGUUAAUAAAGUCAUUAAUAUCGCGUCCUCUACUAGCAAGAAAAGAGAAUAUGUAAGUGAAGCUAUAAAAUCACGGAAAAAGUACCCUUGAUGUUCUAACCGCUUCUAUGUUUAAAAUACAAUGUACUGUAAUUUGUAAAGUAUGAUAUGUUCCAUUAUGUUUUUACGUAUAAAUGAUUCUGUAUAUAUCUGCGUCUUGACCAUUUUUUGUUUUAGAUAUGGUAAAUGGUCAAAGACAUUUGUAAUGCCGAUUUGUCAACAAAUGAAAUGGCUAACUUGUCGCAGUUUUGCUUUUUUCUAUUUUUUACAAAUGCUUUAAUGUUAUGCUUAGUCAGAAUUACACACUCUAGGUGAUAUUCUUA